AUGGGCAAAAAAUAUAAGCAGGAACAGUUUGAAUGGACUCUUUGGAUGCCUAACAAGGAUUCAAGAGUUUGUAAUCUACACUUCGUUGACGGUGAACCAACGGCUGAAAACCCAGACCCAACUUUGCAACUUGGUCACAGCAAGAAAACGAGAGCCUCCAAACGCCCACCACCAACGCCACGGGAUAACUCUCUUGCAGUAAGAUUUAGAAAACGAGCUAAGCUAGAUACAUGUAGCGAUGAAAUACCGGCACCUGUUCUUGACCACUCAGCUGACAACCUGGCUUGUGAUGAUGUGGAGCUCCAAGACCCUGAGCCCUCUACUUCUAUCAAUGAUUGUGUUGACAUAGACAGAGCAUCCGUAAUUCACGACCAUUGCUAUGUCUAUGGCUGGUAUGAAAUU